AUGAGCUACAACAAUCCAUACGAGACUUCAAACCCGUAUGCGGAAACGCAUGCAAUGCAAGACCAUGUGGGUGCUGGUACCAACAACGAGGGUGAUUUUGUGACGUUUAUGAACAGCAUCGGAGAGAUUAACCGGGAACUGGACGAGUACACGCAACUCAUCAACGACAUCGAUGGGAAACAGAAACGGUUGUUGACGGAGGUGAACGAGGAGCGUGAGUUGGCGCUCAGACAGGAAUUGGACGAGCUAGCGGCCCAUGCGUCGAACGUGCAGUAUCAGCUAAAAUCCAAGAUAAAAGCUGCGCAGCAGCAAGGUGCGUCUGACGCUAGCAGACAGGCGCAGGCUGAGAAUUCGAGACAGCGGUUUCUGAAACUCAUCCAGGACUACCGAAUCAUCGAGGCCAACUACAAGGAGGACAACAAGGAGCAGGCCAAGAGACAGUACAAGAUCGUCCAACCCGAGGCCACCGACGCGGAAGUCGAGGCUGCGAUCAGCGACGUUGGAGGCCAGCAGAUUUUCUCGCAGGCUUUGUUGAACGCUAAUAGACGUGGUGAGGCCAAGACUGCGCUUGCCGAGGUCCAGGCCAGACACCAGGAGUUGUUGAAAUUGGAAAAAACGAUGGCGGAACUGACGCAGCUUUUCAACGACAUGGAACAACUCGUGAUAGAGCAGCAAGAAAACAUAGAAGUGAUCGACAAAAACGUCGAGGAUGCGCAACAGGAUGUCGAACAAGGUGUUGGCCACACCAACAAGGCGGUGAAAAGCGCCAAACGUGCUCGUAAGAACAAAAUUAGAUGUCUUAUCAUCUUGUUCGUGGUUUUCGCCAUUGUUGUGGUCGUUGUCGUGGUACCAUCUGUGGUGAAGACCCGCAACUAG